AGAGGAAGAAGGAGAACGUAAAGCGUCUCAAAACGAGGAAGUGAAAUAGGCGGCUUCAGGUAGCAGGUAUAAAGUUAACUGUUUUUUUUUUUAAUACUAGUAGUCUUUGGGUGUAAUCAUGGCUGACAUCGGUGGAAAUAAUAGCCGCCAAGGCGAAGACAACGACGAGACAAUCUGCCGGAUUGUCCCCGGGAUAGAUGACGACAAUCCACCGGCGUGUCUUGCUAGUCAUGGGCGUAAUAAAAAAAUAGUCUUACAUGUGGACUUGAACAACACUAUUCUGGUGUCAGACGCCGUGACUUGCCAAGGGACGGUUGCUGCCCUGGACUAUUUUAUGACGACUGUCACUUGGGGAAAAAUGAACAAAGGAAAGUGGGAAUGGCUGAGUGACUCUCCUUCCCUGCUCCCACCAUGCGAUGGUGCUGUCAGCUACUACUCUCAGUUUGGAUCUACUCAAGGUUUCACCUCAGCAUCAGGUCGACGGUUCCGUGGGAUUCUGGAGGAGCAUCUCAACCUGCUCCGCUGGCCUGAGGGUGUGAAGGGAGACCGAGAGCUGACGAUAAAGGCUGAGGAUGGACGACUGUACCACUGGAUCAUUCCCUCCUUUUUCCAGCUGCUCAAAGACCUGACCCAGCAAGGGACCCAGUUCGCCGUCCACUUCCGUACAUUUGGAAGCGACCUACCUCGUGUGCUGAGUGCUGUAUCCAAAGCUCUUACUCAAGGGGCUCAUCCUCUCUUUCCUGAUCUCCCCGAACUGAAGUUAAACGUGAACAAGACUCCGGGCAAAAUCCGCUGUAGCACCAAAGGAGUUCUUCUGACCAGAGGCGCAGACCGGUUGUCAACUCGCGACGGAGAGAGAGGCUUGUACGAGUACUUCAGCACCACAAGCGGGCUGGGAGGCUUCCAGGACGACUAUGAAUGGUGGCUGACUAAUAAGUAUUCCAUCCGUGGUGGGAAGCCUUUGUGGGUGGACCCCUUUGACGAGAACAUUCAGCACAUCUUUAUAGAUGACAACAUACGACAAGAUGAUGAGGAUACCGUCGUGCAUCCAAAGGUUUUCUUGGAGCCAGGCUCUGCCAACACUCGUACAGCCUGCAUCUCUGAGCUUUAUGACAUCGCCCUGGUCCAGACUGACCUCCUCAAGGCCAUUUCUGAGCCAGACUACUUCACCCGGCGCGUCCGCAUCUGCCAGGAGAACUAUGAGAAGAAUGUCCAGCAGGGGUCUAGCUAGAGCACAGCUCACUGCCCCCGCCCCUUUACCUCCUGUCUGGUCCUGAUGAAUGCCACAUUAGGCACCAUGAACUCAGGGCUGUUAGAAGGUCGUAGAUAGGAUGUUGUUGUAAUGGUGCACUAGAGAAGGAGUGUUUCUUCCUUCCACAAUGAAUUAGAUGAAAAAAGUACGAAAUGCUUUUAAAAAGGGUUCUGAACUGUAUUUAUUGGAUAAAUAAGAUGAACUAAUUAUAACGCAGGCUAUGCCAAUAUAUAUAUAUAUAUUUAUUAAAACCUUUUUUUAAAAAAAAACAUAAAUACACUGGCAACCUUUCAUGUGCAUACCAAACCAACAAUAAGAAUUAGAACCGUACGCUAUCUUAACCAAUCAGAAGUGUGAAGAAAGUCAUUUGCGGAAAAGGACUCCACUAUGGUUAGUAAAAAUGUAAUUGGUGUGUUAGUUAAUCCUCGAUGCCAUACUUUUAAUGUUGUCACUGGCCAAUGACAAACACACAUGACCAAAAUCUGCACGUUUUUUCUUUUCAUACGAAAAACAAAAGUUAGUCAUUUCAGAUUUAAAAAAAAAAAAAAAAAGUUGCCCCCCUUUUUAUUCAAAAAAAGGAAAUAUUCAAAAAAUCAAAAGAAGUUGUAGAUUCAUGCUUUCAUUGGACAUUGACAGUAUGAAGUUAACAAAACAAGAAAACAAGAGCACCAAUACUGGCUUAUGCGAGGAGUGAGCAGCGUGUAAUGUAAUUUGUUAUACAAAGUAAACAAGGAGGAAGAAAACAACCCUCAUUUUCAAAGUGGAAUAACUGAAUUUUGUGUAAUCGCAGUCUUUGCCAACAGAAGAGGGCUUUUCGAAAUGUGGCAGAGUGAGCCUCCCGUCAGAGGACAUAAUACAACGCCCUCUUCCCAGAAAAAACUGAUUUUAUUUUGUCUGUUUACUCUGUUUAUUUUGCCUUGAAAGAUGACUGAAGUAAGCUUAGCAGGUUUGAAAAAGACGUUUUUCUUUAUUUUUCACAAGCUUCUGCACCUCUCCUGAGGUCUUCAGGCUCCUGCCUCACAAACCACUGCCAUAGAAACAUAUUUGAAAGACCUAAACGUGAUCACUUGUUGUCACCAAUGGGAUUGUUUAAAACUCAGUGUGCUGCAAAAGAAAACUUUUGAAUAAUUAGUCACCAAAUGAACCAAGACUGCCUGAGACCCUGUGAGUAAUGCAGCCAUGGAAGCAAUAAUUGCUGGACUCUCUGCGGUGGUGGCUCAGUAAUUGGGGUCAAAAGCCGCCUCCAAAUGUUCACACAAUUUGUCCAACCCGUGCUUUUAGUGUGGGGUGUAAUGUACAGUAAAGAUGGGGAGAUGUCACAGACUGAAACGCACCAAAGAUACAUUAUGCACUCAUCGGUUGCACAUUGCUAUCUACUGUACUACUUGAGGUGCAGUGUUAAAGCGACUGAGACGAUCAUUCAGUUGAGCAGGCAUCUGGGACGCAUUUGAAUCCUUUUAUUCCACUUUUUAUCUUCUAACACAAUCACACACCUGUAUUUAAAUACUGUGUGAUUACGCUAGUGGUGGCUGGAGAAAAUAAAUAUAAUUAGAUAUAUAUAUUUUUUGAAGAUAUUCACCGCACUGUUUUAUUAUGUUUGGGAGUGAGCAGCUUAAUUAUUGGAUUGACUAUGAAUACAACACGAUCCCUCUUUUUGAAGACCUAUUUUUGGAAACAUCCUUUUUACGGCAAAAUAUGACAAAAUUAAUUUAAAAAAAAAAUCAACUGCCAGUUCAUUCACUUCAUCGACCACCAUUACCUUAAAAUCAGCAUCAUAACUCCUCCUCCUGUUUGCUAAUUUGCUAACAACCUUUGACAUACUUUUUCUGAAUGACACUGUGUCGCGGCUGUAUUGCUCUGUCACUGGCGUGCGUGUGUGACAGUACGAAAAGCUCUGGAGUGAAGUUGUUUGGCACAACCUGUUAGUUUGCAUGUACUGUAUAAAUCUCCAGACCCCAAAUAUAAGAUGGCAUGAACUCGUGUUCGUCCUGGGUGUUUUCUCGGGAAACAUUAUCAUCUUAUAUUCGGUUCAAUACAGCAGUUAUCCAAUGUAGGACGUUCAGGCCAAAGAAAAACACAUUCAGUAUUUGGUACUGAUCCAGGUAAAAGUGGGAGAUGCGGAUUUAUUAUUAUUUUUUAAACAUUGAUAGCUAACUUUUAUGAAUGCUUUUUGUGUCUAUAUUUUCCUUUUAUUCAGUGAAGGUUGUAUUUUGACCAUAUGCAGGAUGUUGCAUCUGUGAAGACAUACGAUGUGAUGUGGAUCAAAAUAACAAUUGUUUGCUGAGAAAAACUGAAAGUCUAACAAGAUAUGUUUUCAUAUGUGAGACCAAUUUGCUUAUCUUAAGGAAUAUGUACUAAAAUCUGUAAUAUUCUUAAAAUAAGCAUAAUAAUCCGCCAACAGAAGUUGACUUGUCAAAGUCCCAUUUUACUUGUUUCAAGUGUUUUGGCAAGUCAAAUUUUCUUGUUCUUUUUUCAUUUUAUCUCAGAUUUGAGUACACAUGACUUAAGAUAAGCAAAUUGCAGUAACAUGGUAAGAAACGGUAGAUAAAUUAUUUCUGUUUUGCAGUGUAGUCUGCACCAUACUGAAUCCAGCUGGAUUUAAUUCUGUUUUUCUCAGGUCCAUUCUGAAGACAAUGCAAAUAUUGUUUUAAAAACACUGGAUUAUUUGUAUUUGUAUUGUGUUUCUUAUUAUAUAUCUUAUUUUAUUUUUGUUAUUGGAUGUGUUUUUUUCUAUUAACAUUUGUAUUAAUGCCUUGAGUUUGUUGUUUUGUUGUUGUUUGUUGCUUUGGUUUGGUUUGGUGGGAUGUGUACUGUUAUUUAUGCUACAAAGUCUUCAUUUAGUUUUUCUUCAGCCAUUCAUCGGUGGACUUGCUGGUGUGUUUUGGAUCAUUGUCCUGCUGCAGAACCCAAGUUGGUUUCAGCUUGAGGUCACGAACAGCUGGCCGGACAAUCUCCUUCAGGAUUUUUUGGUAGACAGCAUAAGUCAUGGUUCCAUUUAUCACAGCAAGUCUUUCAGGUCCUGAAGCAUUAAAACAUCCCCAGACCAUCACACUACCACCAGAUGAAAUUGGGACACACACCUUCCAAAAAGUUCAAAUUUGGUAUUUUCCCAAAGGUCUUGGGCACCAUCAAGAUGUUUUCUGGCAAAAUUGAGACGAGCCUUAAUGGUCUUUUUGUUCAGCGGUAGUUUUUGUCUUGGAACUCUACCAUGCAGGCCGUUUUUGCCCAGUGUCUUUCUUAUGGUGGAGUCAUGAACACUGCCCUUAAAUGAGGCAAGUGAGGCCUGCAGUUCUCGGGAGGUUGUUGUGGGGUCUUUUGUGACCUCUUGGAUGAGUCGUCGCUGCGCUCUUGGGGUAAUUCUGGUUGGCCGGUCACUCCAUGGGAAUGUUCACCACUGUUCCAUGUUUUUGCCAUUUGUAGACAAUGGUUCUCACUGUGGUUCACAGGAGCCCCAAAGCUUUAGAAAUGGCUUUAUAACCUUUUCCAGACUGAUAGAUCUCAUUUAAUCUCAGUUAUGUUUUAACAGGGGGAAUUGCUUUUUCACACAGGGCCAUGCAGGUUUGGAUUUUUAUUUCUCUAAUAAUAAAAACUGAAUUUUGUGUUCAGUUGUGUUGUCAUUGACUAAUAUUUCAAUUUAUUUGUUUGAUGAUCUGAAACAUUUACGUGUGACAAAUAUGCAAAAAAAUAAGAAAUCAAACACUUUCACACCACUGUAUGUGGUUUGUCCAGACAUUCCAACCAUGACAGUGUUUAAGACAAGUAGGAAGCAGAAAGGAUAGCAGGAAAGCUUUAACAGCCAAUACAUACAUACAUACAUAUAUAUAUAUAUAUAUAUAUACCAUUAUAUAUAUUUCUAAUGUUCAUAAUCAAGAUACAUUAACGUUACAAUACUCUGUCAUAAUAAAAUACUCUAAAAUGUAGAAAGUGAUCAAUGAGAAACUACUGAGCCACUGUAACUGUAACUAAGUUUGUGUUUGUUUACCGCUGCCCCCAAAAGGAUGAAAAUGUGUCGCCCGUUCUAUUAUUUUUCUGACAAAUACAGCACAUGGUGCUGUUGUUGUUGACCCCAAAGUUUGACCCCAUAAGUUGUAUUGUCUUGAAAUUUGUCACACAGUUCAACAUGCUCUGCAAAACACCAGUUGUAAUUUUAGGGUGUUUGGCCAAAUUAGCAUGAAAUUUGGCACACACCUUUAGGGGACUGAUAAGCAUGUGUAAAAUUUGAGCAAGAUUGGUUGAAAAACAUGUCUCCCAUCAAGCAACAUGUGUUUGCAGGGUUGGGGGAAGAACUUGGCAACUAAUUGAAUAGAACAUUUGUCUAAUGCAGGGGUGUCCAAACUUUGUCCAAACAAGGAUGUGGGGGGGCCACUUUGAUUUUUCUUUUUUUGUAUGUCUAAAGACAAUUUUUGUGUUAUUAUUAGUUAACAGUAUUGACAUGUCAGCUUUUGCUCUUUGAAUUGUGCCUUUUGCUGUCAUGUUCUGUGUGCUGCCCUCUGCCGUUCAUGUGUUGCAGCACAUCCCUGAACCUGCCCAGGACUUAAUUGGUCACACCUGAGGCUCAUUACAACCUGCCUACUUGAGCUGCAGCCAAACUCCAGACCAGUGCCAGAUUGUACUUCCUGACCACCCGCUCCUUUCUCCCCGCUCAGUCCGGCUCCUUGCUUCCUUACCCUGCUUUCUGGCUCUACCCCUUGCUUGCUAAAUACCUGCUCUUUGCAUUUGUGUGAUUCCUGAUAGGUUUGCCUUCAGUGUCUUUUGUUUGUACUUUCGUGUUUUUCCUGACAGCCUUUUGCUG